AUGUUACUCACCGUGCCGUCUAUCAAAGACGGUGGGAAUUUCCGUGCACUUUCUUAUGAAUGGGGCGAAAGGAAAAAAGAAAGAGAGGUCUUUACGGAAAGUGGAGUCUUGAAGAUCUGGGGGUCUCUUCACAAGGCCAUCCUGACCUUGCGAGGAAAACAAAAUGCUGCAGUCUUCUGGAUCGAUGCGAUCUGUAUCAAUCAAAUUGAUGACAGCGAAAAGAUACAGCAGAUACGGUUGUUACCUCAGAUCUUCCAACAAGCCAGCCGGACUAUAGCAUUCCUUGGCUCAGAUCGGCGCAGCGAUGAUGCUAUUGAAACCUUGCUACAGAUCAGGGCUAAGCUCGACAAAUCAGAGGAAUGGCCCAAAGAGCUGAAGAAGGUCCCAGAAUCCUGGCAACAUGAGUCUAAGCCACGCUUAGAAGAUCCUAUUUGGCAGGACAUCAAAGUUCUGUUUGACCGAACGUGGUUCAGACGAGCUUGGAUUGUACAAGAAGCCGUCGCUUCCCUUACCGUCACAUUUGUUUGCGGUAAAUGGAUAGUAGAUUGGGAGGAUAUCCAUCUCGCCAUGGAGAUAGUGCAACAGAAGCCACACUUGCCAAAUGACAUUACAGCUUCCUGGGCGCCAUUUUCUACGCUUUCGAGCCUGCGAGAACUGGAAACACGACAACGUCGCUUCAGUCUCUUCACGUUGCUGGAUAAGUUUCAUUACAUGCAAUCGACUCUCAAGCGCGACCACUUCUUUGCUUUGCUAGGUCUAGCAUCAGACGGUGACGAAGACGGCUUUUCGCCUCGGUAUGGUUCAAUUCCAUUUGUCUCAAUUGCUGUUCAGUACGGCGAAACCUUCGUCAAGCAGGGCAAGGGAGCGCACUUGCUUCGCAGAGCUGGAAUUGCAGGAAGAUCAGAUACAGCAAGGACCCGAUUUCCUUCGUGGCUUCCAGAUCUCACUGCAAGACCGAGAGACAGACUGCUUGAUCUACACGACCGUGGCAUCAUAUUCAACGCGUCGAAGGGCGUGAAGGAAGACAUCAACACGUCGAAGGGCGUGAGGGGAGACAUCUUCGGUCGAGACUUCCUCGAGGUCAACGGCUGCAUUUUCGAUGACAUCAUUGAAGUAAGCAAGACCUCGAAUGGGCAGGGGCCAAAACAAUGGGUAAAAUACUUUGCAGAGAUCGACGAUAUGAUCAACGCUCUGCACAGUGAGUCACUACCAGAGUAUCGCCAUGAUCUGAAAGUACAGGUUCCUAUAGCAGGAGCACUCUCACUCGGAGAACUGAGCAUCGAAGACUCAUACACAGCGUUUCGUCAAAGCUUGAAAAAGGCUAGAUUCAAAUCCGCAAAACAGUUGAACCUACGUACGUCUAGAGCACCGAUUUCCAAGACGUCCAGCUCUAUACAGACAGGAGUCAUGACGAUGCAGGAAAAAGGCAGACAGUAUGAAGAGCUACUGAAAACGAAUAUCGCAGGCUGGAGGUUCAUCACAACGAAACGCAAGCACUGUGGUAUCGCACCCAAUGGCGUUCGAGUGGGUGAUGUUAUCAGCGUCAUUGGAGGUUGCGACGUCCCUUUUGUAAUGCGAGGGAGCAGGAAGUUCAUGGAAUUCCGCCUCAUUGCAGGCUGUUACGUUCAUGGGAUGAUGAAAGGAGAAGCGUCCAAGUUUCCAGAUGUCAACGAAACCUACUUCUUGAUCGACUGA